GCGAAUGCAUUCUACGAUGGCUUGUUGGCACAUUUGCUGAUUGUACCCGCUUGGGUCAUUCCGCCAGGAUUGCUCUUUGGAUCCUUGGCCGUGGCGGGCGCUCCGUUGGGCUUCAAAGGUGUCGUGACCACCUUAUGUGCCGGUGUUGCUCUGUUGCAGUUUCCCAAGAAGCUGCGACCUGGAUUCUGUCUUUUGGUCCUCUUCAUGGCAGUGUCCUCCUACAAAACUUAUGCCAUUCUGGCGGCGAUCUUGGCGUCGUUCUUAACGUUCUUGGUGACCCGAUCAGGGAAGAUUGCCCGACAUCCUUGGCUCUUUGACUUUGUGAGUAGUAGAGCAAAGGGCUUCUACUCCGCCACAGCCUUGCGCGGAGCGCUGGACGAUAUUCGCCCCAGCAAGAGUUUCUUAGGGUUCCAUCCUCAUGGCUGUUUGUGUGCCGGCUUCACGAUCAAUGGCACCUUCAACCCUGACUUCAUCCGGGCCUGCAAACGGGUCUUUUUCUUGUGCGAUCCAGUUCUCAGGCACAAGAAUCCAGGCUUUCAGCUGAUGGCUGAAGCGUAUGAAGCAGAGGAUCGCGCGAUCGAAGCCUGCGACGCACCAGGAUUCAAGAAGCACAUGGCUUCGGGAGUCAAUGUGGCUUUCAAUCCUGGGGGGUUCAUGGACGCCACCGUGUUCAAGCAUGGCAAGGACGUGUGCGUUCUCAAAAGCAAGAAGGGCUUCAUCAAGUAUUGCUUGCAGUUUGGAUAUCGUGCGCAUCCUGUCUACACCUUCGGGGAGUGUGAGACGUACUACACCUUCACAGGUCUCAAGAAGUUGCGCAUGAAAUUGGCAGGCAACAACGUGCCAGCCGUGGCCUUUUUGGGGUGGCCCCUGUUGCCCUUUUUGCCUCGACCCCAGUCGAAAAUCCUCACCUACGUGGGUCCUGGCAUCGACAUGCCGCAGAUCGACUCACCGUCGCAAGAAGAUGUGGAACGUUGGCACAAGGUCUACGCCGAAGCUCUGCAGAGACUCUUCGACGAGAACAAGGCCGCGGCCGGCUACCCAAAUGCCAAGCUGGAAAUUUUGUGA